GCAGCCAGCAAGAAAGCCAACCCAAGUAUUCCGUCGCGCCGCUGUCCAGCCUCCUACUAUUCCGAGCUUCCUUCACAGCUACGCUCUUACCUUUUCACUGACCAUUAUAUCACUCGCUUCGACGUAUACUGAAUAUACACCAUGGCUGGCUCGGCACGCACCGCAUCACCCAUCAAGCGCUUAAUGACGGAACUGCAAACCUACCACAACGACCCUAACGAUGCGCUUCUUGACCUCGGACCUGUGGAGGACGAUGUCAUGCAAUGGAGGGCGGUUAUGAAGGGUGUACCAGGCACGGCAUAUGAAGAUGGUUGCUGGCUCCUGUCCAUCUCAAUCCCCCCAACGUACCCCCUCGCCGCGCCCACGAUCCGCUUUAUAACGCCCAUCUGCCACCCCAACGUCGACUUCAAAACGGGUGAAAUUUGCCUCGAUCUGCUGAAGACGUCUUGGUCGCCAGCAUACACGCUUUCCACCACCAUGACGAGUAUACACCAGCUGCUUACGAGCGCGGAGCCGGAUAGCCCGUUGAAUGUUGAUAUCGCGCAACUGUUUCGAAGUGGGGAUGAGGUGGGUGCUAUGAGCUUGAUCAGGUUUUAUACCCAGUGUGAAAGGUAUCACUGGAGGGGUGUUGGGGACAGGCGAUAGGUGGGGAAGCGUUCGGGUAAUGGCGUUUGGGAUAAGAUACCUAUUAUUUAUGAAGCGAGCGUAUGUUGUGCAA